CUCCCUUUUCCUCCUCUCCCACCCCUUUCUUCAUUAAUAUACUUUCUAAAAAUUGUGAUUGAUUAGAAUACUUAUAUAACUUUUUCUGUUCACUUCUUAUUUUUCAGGCUAUAUGGAAAAAAUCCUUAAGACUUGAAAAUGUUACAAGUGACAUGAUAAUUUAGCCAGUGCCUCAGAAUGAUGGAUUACCAGAAGAUUGGAAAUGGUUUGCAAGUGGCUGGUAUAGGGACACCUGCACUCCACAUGGUGGGGUAUUUGGGAAAAGAUUCAAAAGCUGUUGAAAUAAUCCCAGAUGGACACUGCCCCCUUUGCAAAAGCAAAGGUCUGAUGAAGGUUUUACGAACAUAUUGCAUCAAUUUUCAAGAGUCUGUUCUCUUCUGUGAAAAUCCUCAGUGCAUCUACCCUAUAGGAUUUGAAUCACUAAGUAACAUUAUAGUUCCUAUUGAGCCAAAAAAUUAUUCAUCUCAGGGUGCUUGCAGGAAAAGAAAGUUCUUUGAAACAAACUUGGUAACCACUCCAUCUGAAUCUUCCUCAGAACCUGAUCUUGCUCUUAAGUAUAAUGGAGAGAAUCUGUUUGGAAUUCAUGCAAGACAACCUAAUUUUUCAUCAGCCACUCAGUCUAAUUUUAAUUAUGCAACUGGAUCUGCAUAUCAGAAAAUGGAAGCACAAGAACAUUCACCAGAUACGUUAAUUGUGCAGAAACAGGUUUUAUCAAAUUCUGAACUUUGUUCAUCAGUGUCUAAGAUUUUGCAUCAAGACAAAACUUUUCUGUUAGAGCCAAGGUGGCUUCAGUGGAGGAAUGUGCAUGCUCUCUGCUGGUUAGAUUGCAUUUUGUCCAUACUAGUCCAUUUAGAAACGCUGAAAAUAAUUUUGACAGGAUGUGUCUCAGAAAAUUCAUCAGUAAUCUACAGACUGCUUGCAACGUACAACCAAGCAACUGCACUUGUGAAUAACAGCCAAAGAGAAAACCCAGGUGAACUCAUUUCAGAGGCUCCUGGAGAUGUUUUGUCAAGAGCUGAAUCGCACCUUAAUGAAAUCCGAAAUACAGUUUUAAAGCAACUUCAGCCUCAACUUAAGUGUUCAUUGGGUCAAGAGGAAAGCCCAGUGUUUGCAUUCCCACUACUUUUACAGAAUGAUCCUCAUAUAGAGAAACUUUUUCUCCAUUCAUUUUCAUGGAAGUUUGAAUGUUUACAGUGUGGCCACCAAGUCAAUGACAGGUGUCAGAAAACCUUAACAACGUUUACAAAUAUAAUCCCAGAAUGGCACCCCCUGAAUGCUGUUCAUGUUGCUCCUUGCAAUAACUGUAAUCACAGAACUCAAAGAAGAAAAAUGGUUCUGGAAAAGGUCCCCUCAGUACUUAUGAUGCACUUCGUUGAAGGCCUGCCUCAUAAUGACCUGAUGACCUAUUCAUUUCAGUUUAAAGAGGAUUCAUAUCGGAUAACAGCUGUGGUUCAGUAUCUGCAGGAGCCAAAGCACUUUGUGGCAUGGAUCUUUAACUCAGAUGGAACAUGGCUGGAGUGUGAUGACUUACAGGGUUCAUUCUGCAGUAAACGUGAAAGAUUUGGAGUGCCUCCCUCUGAGGUUCACAUUGUCAUCUGGGAAAGAAAGCCACAAGAGACAAAGGAACUGAAUUUGCAGUUGCAGAAAGGAGGAGCUAGAGAAGUUCCUCUUCAGAAAGCAGAGACAAACGCUCCAAGGAAACAACUAUGUAAUGAGGCUGCAGAUAACACUCCUUUAUUUUGUCUUGGAGGGGACCUCUCAAAUGCUCAUUCCAGUGACACACAAAAUAUAGUUGGCAGUGAUCUGCUUCAGAGGUUUGAAAACCUGGCAGAUGACGAUGAGAUAACAUUGACUCUUGCAAACAUUACACCUGACUGCAAUGGUAAACUACGGGAAGACAGCAAUUUAACAGAGAGCUGCCUGGUAGCUGAAACAUUGAAGCACCAGGAUCCAGCUGAGGUUGCAGUGUCACCAUGGUCAGAAAAUACUCAUGCUCUCUUUCAUGGAGGAAAACCAAACAAUGCAAGAACAUCUGUUACGCCAGCACUUUCUCCAAGCAAUAAUAAUUACUCAGCAGAAACCUUACCAGUUCAAACAACACUAGCUCAGAAUAAUGUAAAUCCCGUUCAGGAGAGCAGCAGCUUGGGCCCAGAAAGGCUGCAGAGCAAUAUCAGCAGAACAAAAUCACUGUCUAGUGUGCAGGACAUGCCUAAUGCUCUGCAGCAUACAAGAGAAAAAACAGCCAGUUCCCACACUGCUGCUACAUGUCAUUCUUCAUGGUUACCCUUUCAAAGCAAAGUAAAGCCAUUGGUAACAAGUUGGAUGAAAAGUUUUCAUGGACAUAAUCCUUUUAUGCCUAAAAGUAUAUCUGCUGUUAGUAGAACAGAGAAUUCUCAAAAGACUCUGCAGAAAGAAACUAUAACAAAUCCACUCAUUAAGGGGCCUUCCCAUUUCGGUGGCUUCUUACCUAAGCAUUCGGAGACAAAGCUCAAAAAGUUAGAAAAGAGAGCACUUCCUUCAUUACACUCUGCCAGUUCUCUUGUUGCAAACCACCCUUUAGAGAAACAGACUGUAAGCAAGAUCCCCGUUAUUUCUUCAUUGGAUAAACAGAUUCAGCCCAAAGAAUGUCACGGUGGAAAUAAGAACUUGAUAGCAAUUAAGAAUGGUGAGGAGUCAAACUCUUAUAAAGCACACCAGUUGCGUAUCCAAUUUCGUCAGCUGUUAAAAAAUAAGAAGCAGCUUGCUUUGCUAAAGAAGCAGGUGAAAGCCCAGGUGCAAACCAGAAGCUUUCACAAGAAAAGCAUGAAGGAACAGUCACAGCUUGGAUCCCAGGAGGAGAAGGAUUCCUUGCAGAGCUUGUUGAGGGAGCUGCAGCACCACAUUGAGGUUGAAGAUGGCAAAUCUGUGGGAUCCCCAGGCACCAGUAUGUCCCAGUGCAGCAGUGAUGAUAUUAUAUCUGAGCUGCUUUCUCCUGCUACAACUCUGGCGUCUCCAGAGCUUCCAGUGGAAGAAGAAUGUAAAUAUCUAGAAAUGAGCGGUUGCAGAAUAGAAUCUCCAGUACCUAGCAAGAAAACUGAGAGUACACAGUACGUUGAUCACAAUUACUACAUUUCUGAAAAGGAAGGUUUAUGUGGGGGUCCUCCAGAUAUCCUGUCAAACGAAUCGCUCCUGAAUAAAUUUAACUUUGAGAGUCCCACAAAACAAGAUAUUCUAGAGGAAUUGCCCAGCUUAGAGCUGAUUUCGACAAUGGAUACUGAUGAAGUUGUACAUCAUUUUGAUGAAAGUCUGUUAACUUUGUGAAUUGUGUUUUAACAAUUUCAGAAUUUCCUAUUAAUUGGCUUUGAAGCAAAGCAUAAUUCUCCUGUGGUUCUACUUGAAUAUUUAAACUGUGAAAGCUUGUGAGAUUUUAUUUCUUAAUAAAGUGGAUUUUUUAGUCCCUCAAA